GCGAGUUCAAGCAGUACAUUCGUGAUCGGAAUCUGUACUACAUCGAUUCCAAUAUCAUCCAUCCUCUGACACGUGAGUGUCAGCUGUCUCUUGCCGAGCUCCUUGGCCCCUCCAGGGUGCAAUGGUUCGUAAGCCACUAUUGGGGUACAAGCUUUGCGUACACCUGCGAUGCUCUCAGAAGACAUGCCGAGAAUGCUGCGAGACAGUCAGGGACUACAUGGCAAUCGGUGUCUUAUUGGAUCUGUGCCUUUAGCAACAACCAAUAUCGGAUUGAAGAGGAGCUGGGGGCAACCCACAAGGAGUCAUCUUUCUACCUCGCUUUGCACAGCAGCUGUGUGCAUGGCACUUGCAUGGUUUUAGAUGAGACGGCUUUGCCGCUGACCAGAUCUUGGUGCCUCUUCGAACUCCUCCAAACCAUGAACCUGGAGAAGGAAA